UCCCACCCGCUCCCGGUGAAUACCCCGGCCUAAAAACUACGCCACCUGGGACCGACCCCGGGGUAGGGGGCCUUUAGGGGAGGGUGCAGGCACUCCAGCCCUCCUCUGGCCCCCAGCUGGGAGUCCCUGGCCCGGGCCAGCUGCGCCCGCAGCAGAUGCAUCACACCUGUCUGGGGCUUUUACACCCCCAUCCGUGAGACCGAGGCUCUCCCAAUCCCGGAGGGCGCCCCACACCUGCUGCAGCCGUGCCCGACCUCCCUGCAGCUGUGGGGCUGAGCAACCCUGUGCCGAGAGACCCGGGACCAGAGCAGGUGCAGGGCGUUUCCACUGCCCCCUCCUCCCCCUCCCUUACUCAUCCUCCCCCACCCCCCAGGUUUUCCUCUGCUGGUCUGUGUUAGGGGUGAAGAAGAUUAUGUGGAGUUAUGUGUAGGUUCCCUCUUGUUUCCACUCCUCUUGGGAACCUGAGUCCUUCCUAAAGAUAUAGCUGCAUUUGCCAGGCUAGCAUCCCUUUUUGAUAAAGUACUUUGGAAGUAGGAUGCAGGAAGGUUGAACACUGCAGUGAAUCUUAAGCAAGCCCUCUAAGGAACAAUAUCCUUUCCAACUCUUCAGAAACCGUCCAUUAGUCCCACUCUUCGUUUUCUCCAGUACUCUGACUUUGAAAGGCUGGAGAGUGUAGAGCCAGGAUAAACCACUGAGGUUCAAUUGGGUUUGGGGACCCUGGGACUGAGCUGCUGUCCCCAAGGCCUGAUUGGUAGAGACCUCGCCUCCAUAGGCAAAGGGGCUGAGUGAUCUCGAUUCUGAGUUUCCACAUUACAGCUACCCUGACCAACUGUCAAAACAGAAAGAUCAGGAUCAAGUCAACUUCUAUGGACCCCAGGGGCAUCUUGAAGGCAUUUCCCAAGCGGAAGAAAAAUCAUGACAAUUCAUCAUCAAAAGCACUUGCAAAGAUUCCCAAGAGGAAAGAGGGAGAAGAAGCAGGAGAGUGGCUGAGGUCCCUCCAGGCCCAUGUCGUGCCCACUGGCAUUGGACGAGCCCGGGCAGAACUCUUUGAGAAGCAGAUUGUCCAGCACGGUGGCCAGAUAUGCUCUGCCCAGGCCCCAGGGGUCACUCACAUUGUGGUGGAUGAAAGCAUGGACUUGGAGCGGGCUCUCCGCCUCCUUAGACUGCCCCAGCUGCCCCUCGGUGCCCAACUGGUGAAGUCAUCUUGGCUGAGCUUGUGCCUGCAGGAAAGAAGGCUGUUGGACACGGCAGGAUUCAACAUUGUCAUCUCCAACAGGUGCCUGGACCAAGCACAGCCCAGCAAGGGAGACCGAGACUCUCCUGGCCCACAUGAGGCUCUGCUCAGGAUAGCCCCUUUACCUCCCCCUCCUCCCUCCAGACCUACAUCUCCUCUCCAGAAGGCAGAAGAGGCACCAAGCACCCAAGCCCAGCCCGGCUCUGAUGAUGAAACCUGUGAUGGAGAAGAGCUUGGGAUUAGUGCAGCUAACCUGGAAGCCCUGAUCAGUGGCUACUACCCUACCCUCCUUGAGGAAGAUGGUGAGCGGAGCCUAGCCCCAGGGGCCCUGGGCAAGUGGGUCUGUGCACAACCUUCCAGCCAGAAGGCGACCAACCACAAUCCCCACAUCACAGAGAAGCUGGAGGUGCUGGCCAAAGCCUACAGUGUUCAGGGAGACAAAUGGAGGGCCCUGGGCUAUGCCAAGGCCAUCAAUGCCCUCAAGAGCUUCCACAAGCCUGUCACCUCCUACCAGGAGGCCUGUAGCAUCCCUGGGAUUGGGAAGCGGAUGGCUGAGAAGAUUGUAGAGAUCCUGGAGAGUGGGCAUCUGCGGAAGCUGGACCAUAUCAGUGAAAGUGUGCCUGUCUUGGAGGUCUUCUCCAACAUCUGGGGAGCUGGAAUCAAGACUGCUCAAAUGUGGUACCAGCAGGGCUUCCGGAGCCUGGAAGACAUCCGCAGUAAGGCCUUCCUGACCACCCAGCAGGCCAUCGGCCUGAAGCAUUACGAUAACUUCCUGGAACGCAUGCCCAGGGAGGAGGCUGCAGAGAUCGAGCAGAUGGUCCGGGAAUCAGCCCAGGCCCUCAACCCCAGAUUGCUGUGUGUGGCAUGUGGUUCAUACCGUCGGGGGAAAGCAACCUGUGGGGAUAUGGAUGUGCUGGUCACUCACCCAGAUGGCUGGUCCCACCAGGGCAUCUUAAGUCGCCUCCUUGACAGCCUUCGGCAACAAGGGUUCCUGACAGAUGACUUGGUGAGCCAGGAGGAGAAUGGCCAACAGCAGAAGUACCUGGGUGUGUGCCAGCUCCCGGGGCCAGGGCGGCGGCAUCGGCGGCUUGACAUCAUUGUUGUGCCCUACAGUGAGUUUGCCUGUGCCCUGCUCUACUUCACUGGCUCUGCCCAUUUCAACCGUUCCAUGCGGGCUCUGGCCAAGACCAAAGGCAUGAGCUUGUCAGAGCAUGCUCUCAGCACAGCCGUGGUCCGGGACACCCAUGGCCUCAAGGUGGGGCCUGGCCAGGUGCUGCCCACUCCUACCGAGAAGGAUGUCUUCAGGCUCUUAGGCCUACCCUACCGAGAACCAGCUGAACGGGACUGGUGACCCAUGUCUGGGGGUCCCCCAGCACUGGACCGGCUGCCCUACCUGGCUGUCCAAUACUCCCCUCUAGCCUCAACUGGCUGAACCCCACUACUUCAACAACCAGCUGUCCUCAGCAAGUCUGGGCCCUGGGCCUGCAGGAAGGGAACAGGCUGCUAUCACUUCUCCCUCAUCACUGCUCUGGUAGAGUUUUGCACAUGGUUCCUUGCCUCAUUUUAAGCAGCGACAGAUAACCGGUUCGAGGUCCAGCUUCCUGUGCUGAAACCCAGGCAUCCCCUUCCCUACCCUGAGAAGCUACUGGGGUAGGACAGGGGCUACAGAGGGAGAGGCCAGCAGCUGCAGUCCCAGCAAAAUGCAAGACCCUUUGGAGUAGAAAAAUGAGCCAUGUACUCCCCCCACCCACCUUGCUUCCUGUGCAGCUGGAGGGGCUGGGGAGGUGUGCCCCAGGCUUGGCAAGAACAGCAUUUGAAGUUCCCAGGAGCCAGUCAAGUGCAUUUGACAUUCACCCUGCCUGGUGUUUGCAAGCUGCUUUUUCCAGCCCAAGCAGGGAUGGGGAUGGGAACUGCAUGGGGGAGCUCUGAAAGGCUGCAGUAACUGCGUGACUUGAGCUGGCUUCUGAGCUCAGAAUUGGGGCAGGGGGUUGAAGGAGAAUUCAGGGAGUGAGGCAUUAGAAACACCUCUUUAUCCACCAUCAGCAUCUCCUGUGGGCCAUGCCCUAGACCAGGCUAUUGGGAGACAUGAACAAGGAGACAAGACUCAGGAAAUAAUUAAGAACGAUUAGAUGGCAACCUGUGUGCCACUGAUGAGGCUGGGGCAGUUAGGGAAGGCUUCCUGGAGGAGGGGAGGGGCAGGCCAGCAGGGAAAUGGUCUUUUGGAGAGGGUAAGCAGGCUCUGUAUGGGGACAAAUUAAAGGACCAGCUUUAGAGAAGAUGCUGUAUGCUGGCAGUCAGAAGAAGGCCAGGCUGGUAGAGGGUUGAAAAUUGGGCUGAAGGGCUUACUUUGAUAGAGCUGGUGGGAGCAAGUCCAGGUAGUGGGAUCAGAGUGACUUCCUGAGGCCUUACAAAUAGGGAGAAUUUAGUUGGGGGAGUUGGGGGAUAAGGAAGGAGGUCUGGGAAAACCAAGUAAGCAGAAUAAUGGGCACAGAGGCAAAAGAAGGCUGUAUUGCAGUGUGUGCCAAUUUGAAUGUAUUAUGUCCCCCAAACACCAUUAUCUUUGAUUUAAUCUUGUGUGGGCAGACCUGUCAGUGUUAAUUAGAUUGUAAUUCUUUGAGUGUUUCCAUGGAGAUGCACCCCA